UUCAAUAUGUUUCCAUCUUGAUCGUCCAAGUUUCUGAUGACAUGGAGCUUUCAACGUUGUGGUCAGGUCUCUGCGCCUUGAAUAUAAAGAACCUCGGUCGGGCAAGUUUAACAUCACUUUUUUUUUGACUCCCAGCAGAGUAAAUAUUCCCGCAUGUCAGAAUUCUGGACAAGUAUGAAUAUUAUUAUAAAUAACAAUAAUAAUAUAUAGUAGUGUUUUGUGCAUUGUACUUUGAUCGAAUGUCAAUGAGUUGUAUAGUCUUAGUUAUAUUUUACUUCAUAGCAGUGAAGGAUUUUUCAGCAAAGAACUCAAAGUGGAAAGGGUUUUAUUUCAUGGGGUCCCAUGGUUCAGUUUGAGUGGCCUGAGGAUCUCGAAUUGGACAUGCGUCUGAUGGCAGUGAAAAUGGAUCCACCAAAGCUGGAGUCGGUACCUGAGGCUGAAUCAGUGGAUUGUUUCCUGCAGUCGCUGGGUCUUAAUAAAUAUUCAGUGUUAUUCAAAGAUAAGAAAAUUGAUAAAGCCACCCUUGUAUGCAUGACUGAUGAGCAACUCAAGGCUUUUGGAUUACGAAUGGGUCCAAGAAGGAAGAUACUUUCGGCAUCAAAGAUUGAAGUUUGACAUUUGGGAGUUGAUAGGUUGUUCCUUUACUUAUUUGUAUUGAGCUCAACGUUUUUGACUAACUUGGGCUGGGUUUUAACUUGCUCGACCUAGCUAUAAUUUAUUGGGACUAAAUUUUCUGUUAUAUUGCUGGCAGUGGCUUCAGUGAGUCUAUCAUUUGUGUGAAGUUAUUAGAAGAUUGAUAGCGUCAAAUAGAUUUUCUGAGUUAUUCGAGAGCUGAUGCAAUAGUUAUUCGGUUCCUUUAUUUAAAGGCCCUUGAGAUUCAUUUUGACAUUUACAUGAACAUUUUAUUAUUAAUUUUUAUAGAUAUAAAUGCAUUG